CAAAGCCAACACCGCUGGCAACACCUAGACUAGGCUAGGCAACCAACAUUGGAAGCUUGCCCCACUCUUCAAUUCACAACCACAAAUUUAUAAAUCUCAGAUGUCAAGACGACUUCUUCGCUCUCCUUAACGCUAUAUUACAUACUAUACCGUGGCACAUCCCACUCUGUGUAUCUGCUGUAUAUCCAAUGCUGCUCCUACCUUUUACUGGCCUUCUGGGCCUAGGUUACGCUGCAACCCAGCAGGUCCUGCGACCUGAGACUGAGAGUUCUGGCGGCUUCCAAGUAUUUCAAAGCCAAAGCUCACCAGAGCACUCAAUUCGUAUUCGAAAGCAAAAUGAAUCACUCUGCGCAGCUGGCUCAGCACAGUACACGGGAUGGCUUGAUGUUGGCCCGACUCAUUUGUUUUUUUGGUACUUUGAAAGCCAGAACGACCCUGCCAAGGACCCAUUAACUCUAUGGAUGACUGGUGGCCCCGGUGGUUCUAGUAUGAUCGGUCUCUUCGAAGAGGUUGGUCCUUGUCUGAUUAACGAGCACGGAAAUGGCACCAACUACAACCCAUGGGGUUGGUCCCGAAACUCGUCUUUGCUGUUUGUUGAUCAACCUGUUGGGGUUGGUUUCUCCUAUCUCGAUGAAGGCUAUGAUCUACCUAGCGACUCACCAGGGGCUGCUGUGGAUAUGCACCGAUUCCUGCAGCUCUUCAUUUCGGAAGUGUUUCCACAUCACUUAGAUAGCCCGUUUCAUCUGUCCGGGGAAUCAUAUGCUGGUAAAUAUGUUCCGGCUCUUGGUUCACAGAUAGUAAAGCAGAACAAGCUGUACCCCCAUGAGACCCAGAUACAACUCCGGUCUUGCUUGGUGGGAGACGGCUUCAUGUCACCUAAAGACUCAAUUUUCGGAUACUGGGAGACACUGUGCACCACAAAUCCUGGUGUUGCAGAACCGGUAUUCAACAAGACCAGAUGCGACAUAAUGGCUGCCAACAUGCCUCGUUGCAUGGAAGUUAUGGAUAUUUGCAACAAGAACCCAGACCCAGCCGUGUGCAAUGCCGCGGUAUCUGUUUGCUAUGAGGGUAUUAUUGGAUGGUACGAUGACGAGUCAGGGGCAGGUGGCCGUAACAGAUACGACAUCACAGCCCCUUGUGAAAUAGAUGGCGUAUGCUAUAUUGAAGCUGCCCGUAUCGAGAGCUACCUUAACACUCCAACAGUCUGGAGUGCACUCUCGCCCCCGAAACAGGUCAAAAGGUAUAAUAUUACCUCUGAUGCAGUUUAUGAAUCAUUCCUAAGGUCAUCAGACCUAGAGACAUCUACGUCUGACCAAGUUGCAUACCUACUUCAGAAUAAUGUGCAUUAUCUAGCUUACCAAGGAAACCUUGAUCUUGCUUGCAAUACAGCGGGAAAUCUUCGCUGGGCGAACUCGCUUGCCUGGAAAGGACAGCCCGAAUUUGCCUCUAAGUCUUUGCAACCCUGGAAAUCUGUAGUCGCAGCAACCGGCAAAAACGAGACUGUUGGAACGAUGAAAGAGGUCCGAGUCCGGGCAAGCGAUACCGCAGAAAUUGAAUCACGAUUUGCUAUCGUGACUGUGAAUAAUGCCGGUCACUUUCUGCCACAAGAUCGCCCAGAUGUGGCCUUCGACCUUAUGAAUCGGUGGAUUAGCGGAGCAGCCUUUGUGUGAGCAGGAGAUUUUUGCAGAGUUUGAGAUUUUCUAAGAUCCGUAAAAAGGCUGCGAUGAGCAAUAAUGUCUAGCUAGAUAGAUGGGGGAUGAUGAAUCUACUUGAGAUCUGCUUUCUACCCAAGAGGUGGUUUUGCCUGUGAUAUGCACUAAUACCCGGAUACUAUACCAAGGGGGAAGCUGCGGCAUGUCAUGAAUUAUUCUUUAUGAAGAAAUAGGUAUUAUCCAUAUUAGACAAUAAGAAGGGAACCAGUGGCACUGCCGUCAACUGGCGAGAAAGAUGAAAAGGAUCCACCUACGAGGAGGCCGCUUCCAAGGCAACCUCAAAUUGACUAAGAGAAGUCUCGGAUUGUUAUAACUAGCUAGCAAGAUGUCAUUCUUAAAAAUUAAUAAAAAAUGGC